GUCACGGGUCGUGUUGAAGCGGAACUGCUCUGCUUGUGCUCGUGUUUCCGGUCGGACGCAUUAGAGCGUCGCGCAGCCGCGGGUCACACGUGCGGGCAGAAGCUUCGCUGGCAGGUUUGUGUUGAGGAUGGAGUCGGCUGUGGAGGUGCAGAGAGGCGCUGCUGCUAUUAAAGAGCAGUUCCUCACCACUAAAGAGAAGUUCCACGAGUUUCUAGCGUCGGGCCGGCCGCGUCAGAGCACAGAUGAAGCAGACGGAGACUCGGAGGAACCCUCGGGGGAACCGGAGCAGAAGAGAGUCAGACUGGACAGUGACGGAGAUGAGAAGAAGAAGAAGAAGAAGAGAGGACAGAAUAAAUCCAGACCUCACGUCAAACCUCAGAGCUAUGAAGACAGACGACUGUGUCCCUCCAUCGUUCAGGAGCGAGACACGAAGUGCUUCUACGGUGAGAAGUGCCGCUUCCUCCACGACGUGAGCGAGUACAUGUCCACUAAAGCGGCGGAUCUGAGCGAUCAGUGCUACCUGUUCAACAGCUUCGGCUGGUGUCAGUACGGCGUCACCUGCAGGUUCGCUAAAGCGCACACGAGCCCCGAGCUGAAGAACCUGAGGAACCAGGAUUUCUGCAGACGCUCUGCAGUCACCGUCAGAAACCUGCUGGACAAAGAGCUGCAGAGACGCCUGCGGAAGAAGCAGGAGAGGUUCCCCGGAGCCGAGGCGUACCUGAAGACCGUCAGCCGUGGAGAGAAACCUGCAUCGAACCAGGAGGAGAAUCUGAGCGGAGCCGGACACACACAGUUGCUGCAGUUGGAAGGCUGUUUUCCAGACACCAUGACCCGAUGUGCCGAGCUGCUCAAUCUAAACAUCGAUGUGGAUUUUGUGGAUAUAAACUCCGGCUGCCCCAUCGACCUCGUUUACAAGAAGGGUGGCGGGUGUGGCCUCAUGACACGAACCAGCAAAUUUGAACAGAUCGUGAGGGGAAUGAACUCUGUGCUAGACGUUCCUCUGACGGUUAAGAUCCGUACCGGAGUCCAGCAGAACUGCAGCAUCGCACACAAGCUGAUCCCAGAGAUGAAGAAGUGGGGCGUCUCGCUCAUCACGUUGCACGGCAGAUCACGCGAACAGCGUUACACGAAGUCGGCUGACUGGGAAUACAUCGACACCUGCUCAAAACUGGCCGCUCCCGUACCACUGUUCGGUAACGGAGAUAUCCUGUCGUAUGAAGACGCCAUGAAGGCCAGAGAGACUGGAGUGUCUGGGAUCAUGGUGGCCAGGGGUGCGCUGAUCAAGCCGUGGCUCUUCACUGAGAUCAAGGAGAACAGACACUGGGACAUUUCCUCCGGGGAGCGUCUGGACAUCCUGCGCGACUUCACCAACUACGGCCUCGAGCACUGGGGCUCCGACACGCAGGGCGUCGAGAAGACGCGCAGCUUCCUGUUGGAGUGGCUCUCCUUCCUGUGCAGGUGA